AACUUUCUCGACUCCCCUCGCAGCAACUUUGUGCUUUGUAUCAACGACGACCUGGAAGGGACGAGGUGAAUCUCGCAAGACCGGGAAAGUGCGCAAGAUAAAGGGCCGUUUCUCAGCCAGAGGCGCAGCGUCCAGCAUUCGGCGAUUUGAGUCAUGGCCGACACAACUCCUCUUGCGUCCCUCUCCUUGACGCAUGUGCAUUACGAUCCAAAUGAUCCGCUUUCCUACUUCUGCGCUUGGCUGGCGCUCGUCCCCCAAGGGCUCUGCGUCGUGUACGCAACCCUGAUCUGGUCGACCCGCGAAAUCGAAAUCCUCAUGAUGUUCGGCGGACAAAUGGCAUGCGAGGCCCUCAAUUUUGCCCUGAAGCGUAUAUUGAAAGAAGAGAGACCGAAACAAAUGCACGGGAAGGGAUACGGGAUGCCAUCGUCUCAUGCCCAAUUCGUGGCAUUCUUCUCCCUGAGCUUGACGCUGUUCUUGCUCUUUCGACACGUACCCAAGAAGCCCACACCGUCCCAUACACCACUGAGUGUGCCUGCAAGAGUUGGGUUGUCAGGACUGGCAUUGGCAAAUGCGGGCUUGGUUUCGUGGAGUAGGAUAUACCUGAGUUAUCACACGCCGAAGCAGGUUUUGGUUGGAGUUGCGGCGGGGACUUUCAGUGCCGUAUCUUGGUUCCUGCUUACGGCCGUGGUGAGACAGAUUGGGUUGCUAGAGUGGAUACUAGACCAGUAUCCAACCAGGUUAUUUCGGAUGCGAGAUCUGGUUGUCGAGGAGGAUUUAUGUCAAGCUGGUUGGGAAAAGUGGGAAAGCAAGAGGAUAUCCAAAUACACGAACGGCAAGAAGCAUAGAUGAUACGAAUACGACGAUCCCUGUGUAAACACCUAGAGGGGAUAGAUUGUACCAGCUUACGCACAAUUGCAACUUUCUGUGAAGCUCC